AUGAAUGGGGGGUGGGAUGCCUGGACGCCCACGGCGGCCUUUUAUGACAAUCGGGACUCGUUGUCUUUUCUCUUUGCUAUUUUGGGAUUAAACCCCUUCUUUUUGUUAGUCUUUCUUUCAGGACUUGCGAGUGCAGCGCAAUUCCGACAGCAGACACCAGCCAUUAUACUUCUCUUGGGGCUUUCGUACAACUCGCUUCUAAACUUCUUUUUGAAACGAUUUUUUCGAAAUCCGAGGCCACUCCAUCCGGCGAAGGGAAGUUUUGACUUUGGCGUCCCGAGUGCUCACGGGAUGCCCAGCGACCACGCCCAGUUCAUGUUCUUUUUCGUUACGUGGUUGAUGCGCCGCGCCGCUUUGACGGGGCUGCCGAUGAGUUUGGGCAUGCGGGCCUUCUUGAUUUCGUCAGCCUUGGCAGUAUCCUACGGCCGCGUAUACAACAGCCACCACUACCCCUCACAGGUGGUUGUGGGGGCCCUCAUUGGCGUCACGAACGCCUACUUGUGUACCACGCCAAUAGGUGAGGCAGUACUGCGGCAGUUGGCAGUAGCCGUGACACCAAUGAGGGAUUUUUUUACGGAGUGGGUAAGAUUUGUUGUUUAA